AUGGCACCUUCAAGUCAGCCUUCCAAUGGCGAGGCAGGUAGCAUUCCUGGCACAGUGCAUUUGGUCGACCUCGAUCAUACUAUGCAUACUCGCCACGCCACUGGUGGUGACAAAGACAUCGUACUCGACCCUACGCCGUCUGCUGACCCCAAUGACCCUCUUAAUUGGGACCCUCGCAGGAAGCUGAUGUCAACCAUAUGUGUCAAUCUGUAUACCUUCUUCAUCGGCAUGUCCGGCUCCACCGUAUACUCGGUUCUGGUUCCUCUAUCCCAAGCCAAUGGGGUGUCUAUAUCUACUCUCGUUGAAGGCGGUGGAUACAUGUUUCUGCUUCUGGGCUGGGGCUUACUGUUCUGGAACCCUUUCGCAUUGAGAUACGGAAAGCGCAUGACAUAUCUUCUCUCCACAUUAGGAGCCAUUGGCACGUGUGUCUGGAGUGCAUAUGUCAAGACUGAUGGCGAAUGGCUCGCUCGUUCUAUUGUCCAGGGAUUUGUUCUUGCCCCGAUCGAAGCACUACCAGAAAUAUCCGUCACUGAUGUGUAUUUUACCCACCAGCGUGGUCGUUACAUGGGCUUUUAUGCCUUCACACUCGCGGGUAGCAACUACUUUGCUCCUGUGAUAUGCGGAUUCAUUGCUGAACACCAAGGCUGGCAAUGGGUCUUCUACUAUCCCACUAUUUUCCUGGGGUUUUUGUUCGUGUUCCUCUUCUUCUUCAUGGAGGAGACAAACUACGUUCGACAGACAACUGGUAUCGUUGCCGACGCUGAUACAUCACUCCUGGACCCAAGCCAAUCGGCCGAUGAAGAGAAGACUCCUACCACAUCAGGGGCAGCCGAAAAGGUACUUACUGGCACGGAUGUUACCCCCGUGGUCGCCGAAGCGUAUCCUCCACCUAAGACUUUUGUUCAGAAGCUCAAGAUCUGGCACCCAACGCCCGGAAAAAGCAUGAUCCAGCGAGCUCUUUCUAGCUUGAAAUAUCUUAGCUGGCCGAUCAUAUUCUACGCAGGCUUCUCCUACGGAUCCUAUUUGAUCUGGUUCAAUGUCCUGAACGCAACAGCUUCUGUGAUCCUGAGCGCACCCCCAUACAACUUCUCUUCUUCGAUGGUAGGCCUCAGUUAUCUAUCUUGCACGAUCGGUGUCGUCAUCGGCGCUCUCCUUUCUGGAACCGUGAGUGAUUGGUUGACGCUCAAACUUGCAAGGCGAAACGGUGGUAUCAUGGAAGCAGAGCAUCGUCUUUGGCCUUUCACAGCCUGUCUGAUCCUCGUCCCAUGCUCCCUUAUUCUCUGGGGCGUGGGAGCGGCAAACAGUGUUCACUGGUUUGGCCUGGUUUUCUCCAUGGGCACUCUAGCUUGUGGUACAACUUUUGGGGUCACUCUCAGUAUCAACUACCUCAUUGAUAGUUAUCACGAGCUUAGCGCCGAUGCUAUGGUUACAGUGAUGUUGGUGCGAAAUACCAUGUCUUUCGCCAUGAGUUACGGCAUAACUCCUUGGUUGAACGGGAUGGGUCUUCAGAACUGUUUCAUCACUGCGGCCUUUGUUGGCCUGGCUGCAAGUUCAGUUUUCUUGAUCAUGAUCAAAUUUGGCAAGAUGUUCCGUGCUCGCAGCGCUGCUAAAUACUGGCAGUUGGCUGCCGCCGCUCAUGAGGGCUGA